AUGAGUGAAGAAGAGAGUGAAGGAGUUUUAGAGGCUUCUUACGAAGUAGAGCGUGUUCUUGGUUCAAAGAUGGAAAAUGGUACUUUAAAGUAUCACGUUAAAUGGAAAGGAUACGAAAUGUCAGAAAAUACAUGGGAACCAAUCAUCCACUUGUUAAAUGCAAAGCAAGCAAUCGUUGAAUAUGAAAAGACAAGGCGAGCAACAGAUACACAAGAUAAAUACACAACAGUUUUCGAAGUUCAAAAUUAUCCUUAUUCUGUUCUAGUAGUAGAGGACAAAGAUCUCGACGAGAGAUGUCAAAAAACAGAUCCAUUCUCAUACAAACUGUUUCAUUCUCCUGGAAAGGGAAAAGGAAAAGUUUUUACUGGAAUUACAAAAGAUAAAAACAAUAAUUUAUGUUUAAAUACUAUAGAUAGUAAAAGCAAAGCAGAGGUAAUGGACUUCAACACGGCAGCUUUACUUUUUCCAAGAGCAACUGUUUCUUAUAUUACUAAAAACACUUACAGAAACCCCGACCAGAAUACACGAUCUGAUAAAUCAAGAUCUGAUACUGAUGAUCCAGAUUCAUCAAAAUCAAAACCAAAAUAUGUUCAAAUAGUUUGA